UUUUUUUUUUUUUUUUUUUUUUUUUUUUGUAAUGUAUUGGGUAUUUCUAACGACUACACUUUGGAGAUGAGAGAGAGACAGCAGAAAGAUGUAUAGAAUGGUUAAUAGACGAAAAGAGGCGCGUGGCGUAUGGAGGAUAGCAAUAACUUGGGGCUGAAGAGUUACUGUGGAUGGGGAAAAAUGGCAGAGCAAAAGGGGCUGAGGGCCAUCUUGGCCAAACCUGACGUUCAAUCAAGAUUCUUGUCGGCCGGGAAAGAAUAGCGUUUUGUUUUUCAUUUAGCGUUAAAAAAUAGGACAAAGUAUAAAGUCUAUUCUUGCUUGAAAUGGGUGUGGACUGUUUCCUAGGAGAGAAUGUUGCGUGGCUGCGAAUCGACAAUCAAGACACGAUCGUCCUGAUCAAGUUGCUGUGGCUUUUUAAGAAGUUGGAACAAGAUUUGGAGAAAUUGGAGAAUCCGGCCAUGGCCGGGCCUGGGGCAGAGUUGCUUGCAGCAGUGGCUGCCACGAGAGGCGAGCGUGCGUCGAUCUGUGGAAAAUGGGCGCCAGCCUCACGGGCAACUCAGCACGUGCGUGGCUGGCUGUAGGAAAAUCCGACAGCAAAUGAGACGACAGAACGAAGAGAAGGAACUUUGUGUAGCUGGGGAGAUCGAAUCACAUUGGAUGGCGAAAGGGAAGCAGAAUGUGGAGGCGACAAAGACGGGUUGAAACUCUGGCCCUUCUUCGGGGGUAGGCGAUGGUUUCCAAAUAAACUGGAGAUGGCUACUACGGGAUCUGCCAGUGUCAUGUCACCGCCCUGCCAUCUUAUUCGUGCUGGGUCGUGUGAUGGAGGGUCGCAGAAUCUGGAGAAGGCAGAAUAAGAAAAAGAGGCCGCUGGACCGCUGAACCUUGUUCCGAAGAGGCCGGAUGGACGGUGAUGGUGGUGGUGGCCAGAGGCUCGAUCUGGUGGUCAUUGGCCCGAUUGAGCCAUUGGUUGUCACGCAGAGGGGGUUGGAUUGUACGAUGCUUAGCAAAUUGCACCAGGGAAACAGAGAGAAGAGCGAAAAUACGCAGAGAAGGAAUACGCCCGCUGAAUCAGCCUCUACGCGGAAAACCCGUGGAUC